GGCAGAAUAAUAGAAGCGUAGUGCGUGUAUUUCUUUUUACAAAAAGUGUAAAAUAUAUUACAGAUUUCUUGGUUGUGUUUAUUUAGCAUAGUUUCGUGGCAUACGUGCCGCGCAUAGAGUAGUCUCAAAUAAAGUUAGAGGUGGUAACGUGUACUAUAGGUUAUUCACUGCCGGCUUGAUUUUGUCCCUAGUCCCAAAUUAUCCCAAACGGUAAUCCCUAGCCAUGGCCGAUCCGCUGAGUUUGCUGCGUCAAUACAAUAUCAACAAGAAAGAAAUCAUCGAACGCGAUGGGCAGAUCAUAUUUGGAGAAUUCAGCUGGCCGAAAAACGUGAAAACCAACUAUCUAAAAUAUGGUUCUGGAAAAAAGGGCGCUCCGAAGGAGUACUACACGCUCGAGUGUUUGUUAUACAUUCUUAAAAAUGUGGGCCUUCAGCAUUCGGUGUAUGUCCGACAGGCUGCCGCCGAGGAUAUACCGGCCGUCAAUCGUCCGGAUAGAAAGGAGCUGCUGCAAUAUCUCAAUGGCGAGACGAAUACUUGUGCAAGUAUCGACAAAAGUGCCCCUUUGGAAAUUCCGACGCAAAUCAAGCGUCCCGCCGAAUCGGAUGGAUUGGAUAGCUUGGCGAAAAAGGCCCGGUAUGAGGAUACGCAGGUACAGAAGGUGAAGGAACAGCUGGCCGCUCGAUUAGAUGUGAACAAGAAGGAAGCAUCGGUGAACAUAGAUAACAUUAAGUCUCUUUCGGAAACGAUGUCUGUGGAGAAGAUUGCGGCCAUCAAAGCGAAACGUUUGGCAAACAAGAAGGUCACAAUCAAACGUACCGACAAUGACGAUGCAAUGGGUGUGGGACCGGAUUUGCGUGUCAUUCUCGACUUCGACGUCGACUCGACGAAGGAUAUCGUGAGCCGCGAGCGGCAAUGGCGCACGAGAACGACCAUCCUGCAAAGUAACGGUAAAAUAUUUGCCAAAAACAUUUUCGCCAUACUGCAGAGCAUCAAAAACCGGGAGGAAGGUCGGGGUCGUCCUCAGGCACAGCCGAUCAAGCUUCCCGAACCGCCCCGCGUCAUUCGGCCGCAGCCUCAACCGACCCAAUACAAUCGUUACGAUCAGGAACGGUUCAACAGGCAGAAGGAGGAAACGGAAGGUUUCAAGAUCGAUACCAUGGGUACGUACCACGGCAUGUCGUUGAAGCUGGUAACGCAAGGCUCGGCCGGCCAGAACAAGGCCCAGCAAAACAGUCUAAACAACAACAACAGUAGCAGCAACAAUAACCUCUCGGCCAACAUGCCUCCGGGUCGGCCGAAGGAGCUGAUUCCAACUGCACAGGCACGACUGCUGGCACAGAAUGCGGCCAACAAGCGGACAUCGCGCACACCGAUUAUUAUUAUACCGGCCGCGACGACCAGCCUGAUUACGAUGUACAAUGCCCGGGAUGUACUGCAAGAUCUGAAGUUCGUCACUACGGACGAAAAGAAGAGAGGUGGAAGCUCGCGUGAAAACGAAGUGCUCAUCCAGCGACAGAAGCCGGGUAAUUUGACCGUACCGUAUCGGGUGAUAGACAACCCAUCGAAACUGACCGCGCACGAUUGGAACCGUGUGGUUGCCGUAUUCGUUAUGGGGCCGGCGUGGCAGUUCAAGGGCUGGCCGUGGGAUGGGAAUCCGGUGGAGAUAUUCUCGAAAAUCGCCGCCUUUCAUCUACGGUACGACGAUCUCAAGCUGGACGCGAAUGUGGCUAAAUGGGCUGUGACGGUGCUGAACAUCUCACGAACCAAGCGUCAUCUGGACAAAGCAUGCCUGAUGGCAUUCUGGGAGAAGCUGGACCUCUACAUGACCAAGUACAAACCGGACCUUCGAUUCUGAAUGAUCAUCCACCAGCGCGUGAAAGAGGUUGCCCUUUGGAAUGCACUUCACUUCAAUCGAUGGCGCGCAGCGUAAUAAACACGAUAGUAAUUAAUUUGAAAAGUUCAUUCGGCGCGUAGUUAGAAAUAUGUAUUUAGGUCACUGAAAGAAUUUCCCAUCAUACACACUGUAAUGCCACACAAAGCAUGUAAUUGCCAGGCGGUAAAGAAACUCUUCACCGGUUCACGCUCGCUGCAAGAAUGAAAUGUGACGAAUUGAUCACAAAUAAUUUCACCACUGAGCUGUCCCGAUAAACUGAAGUCUGAUCGAAAUCUGACGGGAUUAAAGCACAGGUGAUUAAGAUAUCGGCAGGACGACGCACAAUAGCGACGUGCAGAUAAAGCACUCGAUACGGAACCUUCUUGCAAACACUUUACUGUAACCUGCGAUUAUCUCUACCAUAU